UGUGUGUGUAUGCGUGUGUGUGCAACUGCGUGCAUGUGUGUUUGUUACCAGCUCUCAUCAGGUUGGGUGCGUUAUUUGAGGGCUUCCUGCUGCAUCCAUCUGCCUGAAACUACCAAGAACCGAACUGUCACUGUAUUUUUCAUUCAGGUUUAAACAGAGGUUAACGUUCUGGUGGAAACAGCCACUUGACAUUGCCCACACUCAGGACAUCGAAGGCAGCUCCUCAUACCUUUAGGCAUAUCAGAGAAGCAGUUUGUAAACAUUCAUCAGACUCAUGACUGUUUGAGAGGACACGGCCCCACCGUGGCCCAUGCACUGUAUCCAUUUCCCUCCCUGUCCUCCUUAUCCCUCAAGCUGACGCAAAACCCCAGACACCUACCCCCCCUCCCCCACCCCCACUCCCAUCCGGUUCCCAGUGACUCGCCUCCUCCUGCCAUGGUGUCCGGCACAGAGACCGUGCACUACAUCCACCUCCACAACUCCAGCCAAUCAGUGCUGGAAGCCCUUCGCACACAACGGCGUGAGGGCCUCUUCUGCGAUGUGACCGUGCGAAUACAUGAUGCCUCCCUGCGUGCCCACGCCUGCGUUCUGGCAGCCGGUAGCCCCUUCUUCCAGGACAAGUUGCUGCUCGGUCAUUCUGAAAUCUCUGUUCCGCCGCUGGUGCCCGCUGAAACCGUGAAGCAGCUUGUAGACUUCAUGUACAGUGGCUCGCUGGUGGUGCUGCAGUCACAGGCCCUGUGCAUCCUCACUGCUGCCAGCAUCCUGCAAAUUAAGACGGUCAUUGAUGAGUGCACUCAGAUCAUCUCUCAGAGGAAGGCGGCGGCAGGGGCAGCAAGUGCAGCAGCAGCUGCGGCGGCCGCUGCUGCUGCUGGAGGAGGAAUGCUUGGAGGGGUCCUCCCUAAACAAGAGGAGCGUGGCGGGGGGAAAGGGAGAGAGAGUGGCAGCAGUGGAAGCUGUUCUGUUAGUGGGGGUGGGGGUUACGCCAACUUCUCUAAUUUCAUGGCUGAAUGUGGAGGUGGUAACAUGGCCGGUGGGUUAGGGGGUGCCAACGUUAGCGUCAGUGAGAGCGGCCCAGGCCCAAUGGAUCAAGCUAACACUGUAAGCCUGAUGGCACUUGGAGACAUGGGCCCCGGUGCCAUGUGUGGUGGUGACGCGAUGGGCACCGGGGGAGGUGCAGUCCUCAUGAAGCAGAGCUCAAGCUGUACUCAGGACGUAAGGUACAAGCUCCGAGACCUGUUGGCACAGACGGCCAAUGGAGCCAGCACAAGUAGCACAGGGAACCUCUCAGCGGGCUGCAGCUCCGGCGUGGCCAGUGUGGACAGCAUUGGCAGGGACAGCCUCCGCGGCAACACAACUGACCUCUCUGAUGACCUUGUGGGGAUAGACCGAUACAGCGAAGAGGAGGACUUGGAUGGGAGAGACAGGGGAAGAGAUGGAGAUAGAGACAGGGGGGCGAGCCACAGCCGCAAGCAGAGGCAGCCGCUAAGACUCCAGGUGCUGGGAGGAGAGGGAGUAGUGGUGAAGGAUGAAAGUGUACAGGAUGCAGAUGGGACUGUCUAUGCCUUGGAGGAUGGGAGACGAGAUCAAGAGCAGGAGGGCUCCCAGGAAUCCAUGGCAAGCUUUGGACAGGAUUUCUAUGAUGAGCAGGGCGUGUUUUCAGAGAGUUUUUGGCCCCAGAGUGAGCCCCCUCAAGCCAUGGCUUUUAACCCCAGAGGAAGGGUCAAUAAACCACUGACUCCACCUCCAACCACCCAGGCCAUCAACAACCAGCUUCUGUUCCAGUACCCAGUGAGCCAGUCGCAGCCAGCUCCGUUCUAUGUGGGCGGGCCCAUGGGUGGGAUUGACACCAUGGCGGGGACAGAGCCCAGUCAGCAGGCUCCACCCCCAGCACCAAUGACCCCAGCUCCGCCACCCUCCACCUCUUCCUGCUCCGCAGGGCCCUCACCUUCCUCCCAGGGAUCUGAGACCUCGUUCGACUGCACGCACUGUGGCAAAUCUUUACGUUCCAGGAAGAACUACAGCAAGCACAUGUUCAUCCACUCUGGUCAGAAACCUCAUCAGUGCUCCAUCUGCUGGCGCUCCUUCUCCCUGCGGGACUACCUCCUCAAACACAUGGUGGUGCACACUGGUGUCAGGGCCUUCCAGUGCACCAUGUGCGGCAAGCGUUUCACCCAGAAAAGCUCGCUAAAUGUGCACAUGCGCACCCACCGUGCCGAGCGCACCUUCCAGUGCAACGUGUGCCACCGGGCCUUUACUCACCGUACCUUGCUGGAGCGCCACGCCCUGCAGCACGCCCACCACGCCCCGCAGACCCCAGGUCAAGGCCAGGGGCGUGGAGCCGACAUGACCUCACCUACCAAGCACAGCCCUCCAGCUAUGGGAGGGCACUCAGGUAUGGCUGGCGCGGCUGGCAUGGUUGGCAGUAUGGCCAACAUGCAGAGCCACGGAGCUUCCUCCACCUAGAGAGAGGGGGGGAAGGAAGGGGGGGGGAGGGUUAUGAUCCCAUUCCUUGAAUCAACAAUUUGCUCCUAACAGCCUUGUUGAUCUUUUGUUCUGAUGGAAAGAGCGCCAUUUUAGCUUAAUACCAUUUUCAGUCAGGGCUCCUACACAGGACUGGAACGCCUUUUAAGAAAAAAAAAGUACUCUUAAGGGUAUUUUUGAAUAGCACAGAUAUUGUGGGAAAAUCUGGCUGGAAAAAAUGUAAUUUUCUAGAAACCCAUUUGAAAUAGUCGUAGCUGUAAUUCGUGUUGUCACAUCAGUUCCUGUGAGGACUAACCAUAAGCUUAUAGAGCAAUGUCACAAUAAUCAUGCCUUGUUGAAUAGCCAUGUUUCUUCUUUUUUGUAAUAACUGAGACUUGUGUAGGAGCCCUGUUUUGAAAAGACCAGAGAGUCACCAAAGAGGUUAGGAAAACUGAACAGGGUUUGGGAGUGGGUGAGGCUAAGGAAAGUUGUAGCGUUUCUUUUUUUUUUUUCUAAGUGGAGGUGAGGGUGGGAGUGGACUAACAUUUGGAGUUUUAAGGAGAUGCAAGUUAGGGAAACAGGGAAGGAUAGGUCGGUCGGUGAGUUUACCAGGUUUCAUUCACUUUCAAUUCAUUUAAAUGAAGUUUGUGUCAGUUCAUGCAAAUUACCAAAUCGUAAGCAUGUAACCAUAACCCAAUGUGGUCGUCCAAUGAGGAUGAUUCUAUACGUAGAAGCUUUGAAGCAGCAGAUUGGAAAAGUGCU